CUCUCCUUUUCGCGUCUCUAGCUUUAUCGACUUUGGAAUCCUGCAGCGGUUCCGUGUCAACUGUCCUUCCUAGGUCUCUUCGGUUUUCUUCUUCACAAUGUCUUCUCCUCGUCCCUCUUCCCCCGACAGCGGCGCUGCUGCCAGCGGUGCCAGCGUCGGCCGCCCCUCGUCCCCUGCCAUCCCUGGCGGUCCCCGAACUGCUAUCCGACGACGUGCUGCCGCCGAUCAGAAGGAGAAGAUUGCCAAUGCGCGACCAAGCAGCACCCGUGCUGCCGGCGCCGGUGGCUCCUCCAGCACCAUGCUGCGACUCUACACUGAUGAGUCGCCCGGUCUGAAGGUUGACCCCGUUGUUGUUCUGAUUCUCUCUCUGGUCUUCAUCUUCAGUGUUGUCGCCCUUCACAUUAUUGCCAAGAUUACUCGAAAAUUCUCUAGCUAAUUGCACCACCCAUAACCGAUGAGGAGGAAUCAACGAAGAAGGGAGGCGCUUUAGUGGGCGUAGGCUUUUUACAUCUGGGAUGUUUGAGGAUGCGCAAAUCUAACAAAUGGAGUGAGGGGGAGGAUAAUACGGCCAUACCGGAAACUUUUUUUGUCGUUUGUUGAAUUGCUGCGGGUUAUGAGAUAAAGCCUUUGUAUUAUAUCAGCAAAAGGGAACCCAGACGGCAAUCUGGACUUUUUCUGUUUUCGCGCG